GACAGAGGGAGAAACAGGCACCGAGAGACUUCAGAGAUGGGUGAGUUAUAACUAAGAGAGCAGGAGGAAAGGCAGAGAAAGGAAGAGAAGGAGAGACGUGAGGAAGAGAAAGGGAAAGGAGAUCAGAGACUGAGUCAGCUUCCAGAGGGCAAACACCAGGAGACGAGUUCAAGGAACACCCCAGCACACCAAGAAGGACCUGUUCUGUCUGAACCUUCACCAUGAGCUCAAGGAAGAGCUGCCCCCUGCCACUGGGGCAAGGAGACCAGGAAGAGAAGCAGAGCGAGGGUGCUCCCGACCUGGAGCGACAGGAGUGUGAGAUGGAGCUGAGGAACAAAGCCAUUCUGCAACAGAAGAGGCGCCUCAAACAGGCCACCCAGUUUGUGCACAAGGACUCUGCUGAUCUGCUGCCCCUGGAUGGCUUGACAAGGCUUGGCACCUCCAAGGAUCUGCAGCCUCAUAGUGUGGUCCAGCGGCGCCUCUUGGAAGGCAACCUGAACAAGCUGCGGGGCGAGGCCAGGGCUCUGUCUGCACGGGUUCAAUCUCCGCUGGCAAAGGACCAGGAUGAAAAGAUGGAAAAGGGAGAGGACAGGAGAAAAGAGACUUCACCCCUGCUAAUACAGUGCCAGUGCCAAGAUCAGGUAUUGAAAGCAAUGGUUAACACUGGAUGUCUACCAAACCUCAUCUCCAAGAGGUGUUUCAACCAGCUGGGGCUGGAAGAAGCGUCUGCCAUGGACUGUGGAGACCUCUCUCCUCCCAUCCCCAGCGUUGUUGGCCGAGUAGAACAUUUGGAAUUGCAAUUUGGCCAGGAGACAGUGCUGUGUUCAGCACUGGUUGUAGAUGAUGAAAUGCUGGAGUUUUGCAUUGGCCUCCAGACUCUGUUGUCUCUUAAGUGUUGCAUCGACUUGGAGGAAGGAGUCCUGAGAUUUAAAGCACUGAGUGAGGAGCUGCCUUUUCUACAUGCCUCUGAAGAGCCUGGUCAGUGACUGGCUGCAUUCCCCAUGUCUGGAGACUUGCUGCCAUGAGAGAGAUAUGAGGGUGAGGCUCCCAUGCCCCUAACCUUGCUGAGUUCUAGGCUGAGGCAUUCAAUGGGGAGUGAGAAAAAGGCAAGUGGGUGCUGGAAGCUGUCACUGGGAGUGCCUCAACUUGAGAUAUCCCUCCUUUCAGUGGACCCUCUUGCUUGUCCUGAUGUGCCGAGUGGGCAUUUUGUUCUUGUUCUGCUAUUUGGCCCUAGUCACUCCAAUUUCUGGUUCUGUAAUAAAUUUAUGCUACCCCUUUAAUGACUUUACAACACACUCUGUUCACAAGACAGUCUCUGUGAACAAUCUCCAGUUGUUCUGUUGACAGGAGAACAGCGUUUUCUUCAAAGACCUCCAAAGAUUACCACAAAUGUUUCCCUUCUCAUUGCCUCAAUGCCAGCGUACACCAGUCCUGUUUUUUGUCAGAAGGGCUCUGUUCCCUUUGUCUGUACUCUGGGAAGCUGGAUUUUGCUGCUUUUUGCUGGCUCAGAGCAUAACAGAAGUAUUUUCUUGGGAAAACUGUGGCAAAAACAGUUUUAGAGUUCUCAGUUCUAAGAAAGCUUCGCAGAAAUGUUGAGUGCAGAUGCCUAAAGCACUGACAGGGGCUCAGGCUUUGCCACUGCAUCUCUGGGCACUAAGCUAUAUUAUAUGAAUGGCAAUGCUUACCAUCUCUUGGUGUACACUCUGUAACCAGACUUGCACACCCUGUUCUUUUGGCCAGGCCACUCCUCUCUGCACUCCAGCUGCUAGAGCUGCAUCCCUGUUCCCUCUGCUGCUUCAUCAGAGAUCCUGACACUCAGUUUAAAUGCUGUGAUGAAUUACAGCACCAAGUCUUCUGCUCUGUCAGCUCCUUUCUUCCAACUUGAAAUCCAGUGAUUAAACAUAGACACAUCAUCAGCCUUGACUCCUGGCACCACACAGCCCAUUAACUUUGCUUCUCUUGCACCAAAUGAGAAUUUGUAGCAUCAGCUCCAGUUAGAGAGCUGUGAACUCAUCUGGAAUGUUAAAGGUGAUUAUUAAGUCACUUAACAAUUGGGUUUAUUUGAUUUCUUUAAUUCCUUCUUAAUUUCCAUACUAAAGCAUAGCUAUAUUAAAAAUACAUUAUCUAUUCUUAACUAGCUCUAGGAAAAAUGCACCAGAUCAGGGCUUGUUCCAUGCCACAUGGCUACUGAUUCACUAUCCCAACUGCAAAAUAUACCUUUAUCCACACUUAAAAGGCAAUGACAACCCCAUUUGGCCUAUUUUCCUGGAUUAAACACUGCUGACUCUCUUCCUUUUUUAUCGAACUGGUCAUUGUCCCUGUUGUGCUUCUCA